AUAUUUCUGGGAUCUCUUCCUCCUGGACUUUUCCAAAUAUGUUUCCUUUACGAGAUCAAAUACGUAUGAAACAUAUGAAAGAUCAAAUACAUAUGAAACAUAUGAAAUAUACGGUGGAAAAAGCCGUGUUAUUCUGUAGCAAUGCUAGGCGCCAAAUAUGACUAACUUGAAACCUACAAGGAUUAGGAAAAACCCAUUAGCCGAGACAAGCGUUGCAGUCAAUUCCGAAGAAUUUUCGUUUUCUAAAGAGAGAGAGAGAGAGAGAGAGAGAGAGAGACAUACAGACAUAGGACUCCCAAUUUUCACAGUUUGGUUCUGAAAUCGGUCACUUUUCCGGCGACUUUUUAAGUAUUUUCAGGCGUUUAAAGGCCGCACACGGUGGUGCUUUGCGGCGGCAAGAUUUCCCCCCUUUUUUCCGGUGGUUUUGCCCCAAAUCGUGGAGAUUGAGUUGAAGAAAUGGGUCUCCGACAAAUUGAUGUUGCUAUUGGGAUACUCUAUGCCUGAAAUUGUUUUGUAUGUUCUUGGUUUGUCCGAACAAGCAUUGUCCCCGGCUGAAUUGGCCCAACAUCUAGAGGAUGUUGGGUUAUCAGCGUCAAGCAAAACACGCUCGUUCGCUGAAGAAAUUUUCAAGAAGGUUCCACGUGAUAAAGCUUCUUCCGGCUUGAAUCUUUAUCAGAUACAGGAAAGGGAGGCAAUGAUUCUUGCAAGGAAGCAAAGGACACACACAAUUCUCGAGGCCAACGUUGAUGACGAUGAUAGUGUUGGUGAUGCUGGCAACAGAAAGUGUUUCAGAAAGAGGAAAAUUGAAGAACAAGAAGGUGAUGAAAAAGGAAAACAAGUUAAGAGACAGAUUGAAGAGAGAUUGGGUGACCAAAGAGAGAACAAUAAUGUCAAGACACUGAGAAGAAUUUCGAGGCAAGAGUACUUGAAGAAGAGAGAGCAAAAGAAGCUGGAGGAGAUGGGAUAUGAUAUACAGGACGAGGAGUACCUGUUUGAGGGUGUAAAGCUGAGUGAAGCAGAGAAUCAAGAGAUGAGGUACAAGAAACAAGUUUAUGAGCUUGCCAAGAAGAGGUCUAGAGAAUCUGAUAAUGAUAUGGGUGAGUACAGAAUGCCAGAAGCUUAUGAUGGAGAAGGGGGUGUAAAUCAGGAGAGAAGAUUUGCUAUUGCAAAGCAAAAUUACAGGGAUGCAAGUGCCGGAGAUGAGAAGAAGCCAUUCGCAGAACAAUCAGCUUGGGUAGAGCAGCAGAUCAAAAGGGCUACUCUCAAUUUAAAAAACCAUAAAAACCCAACAAGUGAUGAAUAUGAGUUUGUGUUCGAGGACGAUGUUAAUCACUUCAUCAAUGCUACGACUAUGGAUUGCGAUAAAUUUGAAGUUGAAUCACCUAUUGAGCCAAAUUUGGUUGAUGAGAGAGAAGCUCUGCCAAUCUAUACGUUUCGAGAUCAAUUGCUCAAAGCUGUUUGUGAUCAUCAGGUCCUUGUUAUUACAGGAGAGACAGGCUCUGGAAAGACUACUCAGAUACCUCAAUAUCUUCACGAGGCAGGCUACACAAAACGUGGGAAGAUUGGAUGUACUCAGCCACGUCGAGUUGCUGCUAUCAGUGUUGCUGCCAGAGUUGCACAAGAAAUGGGUGUCAAACUUGGGCACGAGGUGGGUUACUCUAUUCGCUUUGAAAACUACACAUCAGAGAAGACCGUUUUGAAAUACAUGACUGAUGGAAGGUUGUUGAGGGAACUUCUUGGUGAACCAGACCUUGCAAGCUACAGUGUGUUGAUGAUAGAUGAAGCUCAUGAAAGAACUAUAUCAACUGAUAUUUUGUUUGGUUUAGUUAAGGAAAUUGUUAGGUUUCGUCCUGAUCUCAAAUUGCUCAUAUCAAGUGCCACUCUUGACACAAAAAAGUUCAGUGAUUUUUUUGAUUCUGCCCCAAUUUUCGAAAUACCCGGAAGGCAAUAUCCUGUUGAAAUAUCCUACACGAAAGCGCCAGAGGCUAACUACUUGGAUGCGGCGAUUGUCACUGUUCUUCAAAUCCAUGUGACUCAACCAGAUGGUGAUAUAUUGGUCUUCCUCACCGGGCAAGAGGAAAUUGAGACAGCUGAGGAAAUGCUUAAUCAGAGAAUGAAGGGUCUGGCAUCAAAGAUAGCACAACUUGUAAUUUUUCAAAUCUAUGGAAACCUUCCAACUGAGCGCCAGGCAAAAAUAUUUGAACCUACCCCUAAAGGAGCACGAAAAGUUGUCCUUGCCACAAAUAUAGCAGAAACCUCUUUGACAAUUGAUGGGAUAAAGUAUGUCAUUGAUCCAGGAUUUUGCAAGAUGAAGACUUGUAACCCGCGGACUGAGAUGGAGUCGUUAUUAGUCACUCCCAUAUCAAAAGCGUCAGCAAUGCAAAGGGCUGGUCGAGCUGGGCGAACAGGUCCUGGAAAGUGUUUCCGCUUGUACACAGCAUAUGACUAUCACAAUGAUAUGGAAGACAAUACUGCACCGGAGAUACAGCGUACCAACCUUGCAAAUGUUGUGCUGACUCUUAAGACCCUCGGUAUCAGUAACUUGAUGAAUUUUGAGCUUAUGGAUCCCCCACCAGUCGAAGCUUUACUGAAAGCUCUGGAAUUACUUUAUGCGCUGAGUGCUCUGAAUAAAUCAGGUACAAGUGCUCGGAUGAGAUCAUAACGAUUGCUGCCAUGCUUUCUGUUGGGUUAGGAGUAUGAAACGGGCCAGAGAUAUAAGAGACCAGUUGGAGGGGCAAUUGGAGAGGGUGGAAAUUGAACUGACUUCCAACACAAGUGAUAUAGAAGCUAUAAAGAAGGCUAUAGCAUCUGGUUUUUUCACCCAUUCG